AUGACUUUGACCUGGAACUGCACCACAGGGAAAACAGCUUUGUUCAUGGAGCUUGUUGGCUAUAUAGUUUUAUCAGAUGACCAGCUAAAGGCUCCGCACCACUUGCUGGAGGAGGAAAUGGAGCUAGGCAAAGAUGUGGAAAAAGAAUUGGAAAGGAACGAAGAGCUCCAGAGGAAGACCAAACAUAAGUUUAAGGCCAAUCCUCCUGCUGUGACGUUUGAACUUACUGGAGAGACAGAUGGCAUAUUUAUGAUAGAACCAGAUGGACUUCUAUAUUACGCCAGCACCCUGGACAGAGAAACAAGACCCAUUCACAAUCUGCAGCUUGCAGCCCUGGAUGCUCAAGGAGCAACGGUGGAGGGCCCAGUUCCCAUCACCAUAGAAGUGAAGGACAUCAAUGACAACCGACCCAUGUUUCUCCAAGAAAAGUACGAAGGCUCGGUACGGCAGAACUCUCGCCCAGGAAAGCCCUUCAUGUAUGUUAAUGCUACAGACCUGGAUGAUCCAACCACUCCCAAUGGCCAACUUUUUUAUCAGAUUGUUAUUCAGCUUCCCAAAAUUGGUGAUGUCAUGUACUUUCAGAUCAACAACAGAACAGGAGGGAUAUCGCUCACCCCCCAAGGAUCUCAAGAAUUGGAUCCAGCUAAGAAUUCUUACUACAAUCUGGUAGUCUCAGUAAAGGACAUGAGAGGUCAGAAUGAGAAUUCCUUCAGUGACACCACAUCUGUGGAUAUUACGGUGAAGGAGAAUAUCUGGAAAGCACCAGAAGCUGUGGAGGUUAUCGAAAACUCCACUGAUCCUCACCCCAUCAAAAUCACUAAGGUGCAAUGGAAUGAUCCAGGUGCACAUUACUCGUUACUUGAUAAGGAGAAGCUGCCAAGAUUCCCAUUCUCAAUUGACCAGGAAGGAAAUAUUUAUGUGACCCAGCCCUUGGACCGAGAAGAAAAGGAUUCAUAUGUUUUUUAUGCAGUUGCAAAGGAUGAGUAUGGAAAACUACUUUCAAAGCCACUCGACAUUCAUGUGAAGGUUAAAGACAUUAAUGAUAACCCACCGACAUGCCCAUCUGCAGUGACUGUAUUUGAGGUCCAGGAGAAUGAAGUACUGGGUAGCAGUAUUGGAAUCUUUACCGCCCAUGACCUGGAUGAAAAAAACACUGUCAACAGUAUUUUAAAGUACAAAAUUGUGGUGCAAGCCCCCCAGAUUCCCAUAGAUGGACUCUUUCUGGUUGAAGAAUAUGAGGGAAAAUUCCAGUUAGCUAGACAGUCCUUGAAGAAGCAAGACAGUCCUCAGUACAACCUAACAGUCCAGGUGUCCGACAAAGAUUUCAAGACCCUCUGUUUUGUGCAAGUCAAUGUGAUUGAUAUAAAUGAUCAGAUUCCCGUCUUUGAAAAAUCAGAUUAUGGAAACCUGACUCUCCCUGAAGACACAGCCAUUGGGACCAUCAUCUUAACCAUCCAAGCCACUGAUGAUGAUGAACCGUUUACUGGGAGUUCUAGAAUCCUGUAUCGGAUUAUACAGGGAGACAGUGAGGGGAGACUGGGGGUCGACACAGAUCCCCAGACCAAUGCAGGCUACGUCAUGAUUAAAAAGCCUCUUGAUUUUGAAACAGCACCUGUUUCCACCAUUGUGUUCCAAGCAGAAAAUCCAGAGCCUCUGGUGUCUGGUGUAGUGUACAACACCAGUUCUUUUGCUUCGUUCAGGCUUAUUGUGACAGAUGUGAAUGAAGCACCUGUAUUUUCUCAACACAUAUUCCAGGAAAAAGUCAGCGAGGACACGGCUGUGGGCACAAAAGUGGGCAAUGUGACUGCCAGAGAUCCCGAAGGUCUGGGUGUAAGGUAUUCACUGAGAGGUGACACAAGAGGUUGGCUUAGAAUUGACCCUGUCACUGGUGACAUCUUUAGUGCAGCUCCUCUAGACAGGGAAACUGAAAGUCUGUACCGGGUCCAAGUGGUGGCCACUGAAGUAGGUGGGUCCUCCUUGAGCUCCGUGUCAAAUUUCCACCUGACCCUUACUGAUGUGAAUGACAAUCCCCCACGGCUAGCCAAGGAUUACACAGGCUUAUUCUUCUGCCACCCUCCCUCCGCUCCAGGAAGCCUUAUUUUCCAGGCCACUGACGAUGAUCAACAGUCACUUCGGGGUCCCCAGUUUACAUUUGCCCUUGGCAGCGAAAGCUUUCAGAGGGACUGGGAAGUUUCCAAAGUCAAUGGCACCCAUGCCAGACUCUCCACCAGGCACACGAACUUUGAGGAGAAAGUUUAUGAGAUCCCAAUUCACAUCAAUGAUGGGGGUCGACCACCCUUGGAAAGGACAGUCUCUUUACCAGUUACUUUCUGCACAUGUGUAGAAGGAAGCUGUUUCCGGCCAGCGAGUCACCAAGCUGGGAUACCCACUGUGGGCAUGGCAGUUGGUAUACUUGUGACUACCUUUCUGAUCAUUGGUAUAAUUUUAGCAGUUGUGUUUAUCCGCAUAAAGAAAGAUAAAGGCAAAGAUAAUGUUGAAAAUGCUCAGGCAACUGAAGUCAAACCUCUGAGAAGCUGA